GACAUUUAAUGAUGUCAGUUUGCUACUCAGGAUAGAAGAGAAACUUGGGCCUCGAAAGCGACAGAGACGGCCCUGAGAAUCGUCCGCUGCAUUACAUCUCUCUUUCGCGCGCGCGUGUAUGUGUGGAUACGUAUGUAUAUGUGUAUGUGUGUGUGUGUGUGUAUCGCGCGAGGAGGCUCGGAUUUUAGUCCGUGACACGGUAUUACCGCGACUCGAGCGCGGAACAGCAGUUCGCCGCGACUAUAUAGAAACAGGACGCCACGCACGACGGUAUAAAAACACAUCUACAGUAGUAAUUGUUCGCAUAAAAAGAAUUUUACAUAUAUAUUUUUAUCCUCGCGAGAAAAAGCGGAGUGCGCGCGCGCGCACGCGUAAUAAUAAACGCGUAUGUUCAUCUCUUCGUCCGCGCGAAACUAUUCGUUCGGCCGCGUCCGCCGUGUAUCGAUGACACGCGUAAUCGGUAGUCGCUCGCGCGGAUUCGAGGCGAGUAGUUAGUGAGAAAGAGAGCGAGAGAGAGAGAGAGCGAGAAGGGAGCCAAAGUGCGUAAGGAUCGAGCAAAGGAGGGCUCGCGCGAAAGGGUUACGCGUGCAACGAGUUAAUAUAUAGGAUAUCUUUAAAAAAGAAAGAAGAAAAAAACGGAAGAAGAAGAAGAAGCGAGAUUGCGAGCGCGGAGGAGCUUUGUCAGGUGGCUAUGUGGGACAUCGCGACGGAGCGGGUCUUCAUCGCGGCCGGAACGUCGCGGAAUGGACGAGCCCGUUGAUCGGGUCCGCAGCAACGGGCUUCGACGAGGACCAUCGACGCCGAAGGUAUGGACGUCAUCGGGGACGGGGACGAGCAGACCCUUCAGGCGAUUCUCGGUCGUGGUGAUUUUGUCGGGGGUAUAGACAACGAGGCUCUAGAUUUUUCUCAGUUGGAGGACUUCAUCAACAGUGAUAGUGAACAACCUGCAACAUACUUUGCGGACACUCUCGCGCAUAACGAAAAUGGGGGUGCAACGGCGCCUCACAAUGGCCGGAUCGAGGCACCUACGUCGCAGCCGGUUGUCGUCCAACAGCAGCCAUCACCGCGAUUACCUUCGCCGCAGAUGACACAUCCAGUAUCGAUAGCAUGCAUUUCCGGUACUACGACGGUGCCGAACAAUAACAAUGGCUACAAAGAUCCGCAAUCAUAUGUUCAUCCACAUGCAUUACCGGAAAGUCCACCGGACAGCGGAAGCGAGCCACCAUACUCACCACCAGGACACAAUGACACUCAACAUGUGCAUUCGCCACACCAAAAGGCGGCUUUGCAAGAGAUCCUUAUGCAUCACCAGAAUAACCAAUACACCCCAAAUUUGUUGCCACCUUCUCCGAGAGCGUUGCCUUCAACGACGACGGAUCCUCUGCUAUUGACGCCGGUUUUGACGUCGCAUCUUACGUCAGGAACAUCGAGUCUUCCUACGCAGCCUCAGAUAGGACCGCCUCUGCUGCCAUUGUCGCAAGAACACAGCUCGACUGGCAUCAACACCUUAUAUUCAUCUCUGCAAUCGGCUCCGAAAAAGAGAAAGCUCAGCCAAGAUGGUCUCAUCCACGUCAAACAAGAACCUGAACUGGGCACCGUGGAGCACAGCUGCAGCAGCAGCAGCGCGGUGCUGGAUAGCGACGAGGUCACCGACAACAGUUACAUCGACGCCAGUUAUCAAUGCAUCCGGUUCCAUCCCUUUCAACAGACGUCCUGGCACGUUCUCUGCGAUCAUAAUCUCAAGGAGUUGCCGGUGCCGCAUUACAGGGUGGACGCGGACAAGGGAUUCAAUUUUAGCAAUUCGGACGAUGCGUUUGUUUGCCAGAAGAAAAAUCAUUUUCAGAUAACGUGUCACUCGCAACUUCAAGGAGAAGCCAUAUUCGUUAGGACUGGCGAAGGUCUGAAAAAAAUAAGUGGUUUUCAAUUACACUUUUACGGAGUCAAAGUGGAAUCUCCGUCGCAAACGAUCAGAGUGGAACAAAGUCAGAGCGAUAGAAGCAAAAAACCCUUUCAUCCUGUAACAUAUCGGUAUUACAGAAUCGAAUUAGGCAGCGAGCGUGUUACGAAAGUGACGGUCGGUCGAUUACACUUUAGCGAAACUACGAGUAAUAAUAUGCAAAAAGGAAAACCGAAUCCGGAUCAGAGGUAUUUUCAUUUGGUUGUCGGAUUGCACGCCCAUACCGCGGAUCAAGCAAGCUAUCAAGUGGUGGCUCACGCAUCAGAACGCAUAAUUGUCAGGGCAAGUAAUCCAGGACAAUUUGAAUCAGAAGGUAGUGGUGUAGGUGCUGAAGGUGGAUGGCAAAGAGGAGCAGCUCCGGAUAGUGUGUAUCAUGCUGGCAGAGUUGGAAUAAAUACGGACAGGCCAGAUGAAGCUCUCGUUGUACAUGGUAAUAUGAAGGUAACAGGCCAUAUCGUUCAGCCUAGCGAUGUGAGGGCGAAGCAAAGCGUUCAAGAAGUGGAUACGCGUGAACAAUUGCGAAAUGUACAGCAGCUACGUGUCGUUCGUUAUCGAUAUGCUCCGGAAUUCGCGCAGCACUCGGGUCUGGAUGUAAAACAGGAAGACACUGGUGUUAUAGCGCAGGAAGUUCAGCAGAUUUUACCGGAAGCGGUACUACCAGCAGGCGAUAUAGUUCUACCGAAUGGUCAGAGGAUCGAAAAUUUCUUGGUAGUUAAUAAAGAGAGAAUAUUUAUGGAGAAUGUUGGUGCCGUCAAGGAAUUAUGUAAAGUGACAGAUAGUCUAGAAACAAGAAUAGAUCAAUUAGAGAGAAUAAAUAAACGAUUAGCAAAAUUGAAACGGGGUGAUAGUCUAAAAAGCUCCAUCAGCACAGUAUCCAGUAUAUCGGGCAAUAAAUAUCCAUCCUCUAUCAAUAAUAAAUCGUCUUUGCAUGGAAAGACGAAAAGGCUCGAAAGAGAAGAAGAACUUCUCUGCAGUAAUAAAUUUAUUCAAAUUAUCAUUGUUAUACUUAUUCUCAUCAUGGCAUUUUGCCUAGUUGCAAUGGCAACUUUAUAUUUCUUGGAAUAUCAGAAACGCAGUAACAUUGAAUGGUCGACCAUGGCAAGCAAUGGGAUGUUGGCCAUUGGUCCAGCUCAUCCAUCGACGAUGUCCACCAUUUCUAAUUACGAGCACCGAUACAAUUCAUUGCUGCAUAGUACACUAUCACCUUUGUAUACGAAGCAUGGGUCUUACACGAGGGGAUUAGACAUUAAAAGUAAUUCCCUGACCACACCACCACCUCAUACGAAACAGCAAUUGUACUCUCAGGAGAUAACAUGGUAUCCGAUAAGUCAUGCGGGUUCCCAGCCUAAACUUGAAAAAAACAAUGAAUUUCCUGGAAACUGGCUCAGUAGAAAUGGCGCGGGCGCCGUUCCUAGCAAUGUGGAUGAAAACGAUCAGAGUUCAGACGUGGAGUCUUCGCCUGUUAACAAAGGUCCGAUUCCAUUAGGGAGGCCUGAAGAAUGUCCCGCGCACUUUACCGAGCUCGAAAGUCCAUGUCAGAUAUAUUGUUGCACAGCUGAGAUCCAUCAGUUGGAAGAUCCUCAGCCUGAUCAUCCGGCAGAGAAGAAAUCCAUUUCAGAUCAUUUGGAACAGCCAUUGAGCAUGCCGCAUGAAGAGAAACGGAAAUUAGCUAAGGGUUUUCAAAAUGGCAUUAGUCCAUCCAAUCCUAGUACUCAAACUCUUGUAAAAGAGAUUAAUUACAAGUAUUUACCGCAUAAACGAGUAAGACGAGAGACUGGUGGAGAUUGGGGAGAAGUGGCGAGUAACGCCGCAGGAUUAUUGCCACCGGAACCCAGACCACAAUUAUUCGUGGUGGCGAAAAAUUUCAACGCUUCCCUAGAUCAGAGAUAUUGUUCGCCAUCGUCGCCGGAUACCCCCAACAAUAUCAGUUGUAUCAUACCUUUGUCGAAACACAUGCCGGAUACGCAUUUAACAUUACAUUUCGUCGGCAUGCCGUAUUGGCAGAUCGUGCAGCAGUGUCCCUUUUCGCCGAACUCUAAUAUUGACGAAACGAUGGUGUGUGGCUGGAGUUACACUGUGUCCCAACAAGCUCAGUACAUCGAAAAUAAUAAUCAACCGGGCGAUCAGUCCUUCUCACUUGACGUCGCUCAUUAUCUUAGGAAGACUUUGAAGUUUCGAAUACCUACGAUACAACCUCAAGAGAAUAUUUGCAGAAACAAACAUGGUGUCGAUUAUUUAGAAUUUACAUUGCACUUUUAUCGAGAUUGCGAAGAACAAUAAAUAUUUUUCUUUCCUGUACAGUGCACAAAUGUUGUUGUAGUGAGAAAUUUCUAAGAAUCUAAAAAAGUUUAGACUUUUCACCCUAAGAAUAAAGAAGCCUUCGUGCCUUUGUAA